AUGCGAAGCUCCAUUGUAAUGAAAGCCUUUGUUCCAAAAGCUAAAGGUUUUUGUUGUUAUGCUAAGUGGAACGAAGAAAGUUUUGUCACAGAUGAGGUUUUGUUAUCAAGCAGAGUGCACAUUUUCAAUUCAGUUGCUAUGCUUAUAUUCACGUCAAUAUUCUCCAUCAUUUUACCUAAUUGCAUAGCAGCAAAAGCAACAUCAAGUGGAAGAACAAUGGAGAAUCAAUACUUUAAGAUGAAACCCCGCAAGAUUAUUCUGACAAAGGUAAAUUCGUUGCCUAAAGGUUUCGAAGCUUCAAGUUUACACAUGUCCUGGUUACAAAGACCUUAA